AUGCAACUAUCAAAUAGUGUCUUACACCAAUUCUGUUCGGAGAUAUUUCGAGAUGUGCAAAAGAUGAUUGUAGAAGUUCCUUGUUUUGGAGAGGAUGAUUUUCGUUUGGUAUCAUUGCACCGACUUCAUCCGUCUACUACACAAAGCCACGGACUUCCACUACAAUACUCUGCCACCCGCUCUAAGAUAGUGUUGACAUUGAAAGGGUUAUCGAAAACAGCAGUCGGCCACAUUCGUAUACUUGGCACCUUCAAGCACGGUUCGUUCAUGCUUCGAAGAAGACGUACUCGCCGGGAGACGCGACGUCUACGCAGCGCUAAAGAAGCGGCUCGAAAGAAACAGAUUGAUGAUCUCACUACAGCAGCUGCGCUCUGUGAGGACAGUACGAAGCGAAAGAGCAUACGGGAAAGACGACGUGCAAGCGUGAAAGCUGCAACGGAGACUGCAGAGGAUAGGCCUAUCCAAAGAACACGCACCGCUGAAGCUGUGGAAAAUGUUACACAGCAAGAAAAUCGAAAGAUGAAGAAAUCACCAAGUGUCCCUCCGGAGGUCGAGAAAGCUGUUGCAAAUUUUGUGAAGUACACUACAGAAACAGCCGGUAUUGAAGGACUACGCAAAGAAUGUCGCGAUGUGCUAGACUUCAAACCUUUUCCUGGAUCAUACACCAAAUUCGAUUCUUGCCCACAAUUCAAUAGAUAUCCGGAGGUUCCGUGUCUUGACGCCACUCGAGUGAUUUUACAAACUUCAGAACAGGGUGAAAACGACUAUAUUCACGCUAAUAAAGUAAAACUAGAAAAGUCAGAACGUCAUUUUAUACUAACACAAGGACCAAAAAGCAAUACGAUAGAAGAUUUCUGGAAAAUGAUAUUUCAGGAGCAAUGUGCAGGAGUUGUGUUGCUGUGCAAUUUUUACGAAGAAGGCACACAGUCAUGUGAGGAAUUUUGGCCAAUCGACUCCGGCGCAUAUAAAUACUAUGGAAAGAUGUUCGUGAAUAAUAAAAGGAUCGAUCAUAUGGAUCAGUAUGACGUAUAUACCCUGGAAGUUCUGCCUGACGGAUGUUCUAACUCGAUAUUAACACGACUCGCGCAUUGCACAACAUGGCCCGAGAAGGCAGUUCCUGCAAGUUGCCGUAUGGUUCUGCGGUUAAUUAGAUGGACACAGUCAUUAGAACCAGGUCCCGUGGCUUUACUCUGUAGUGCAGGUGUCGGUCGGACGGGUACAUUCGUAGCAAUAGACGCCGUAUGUACACGGCUGUUCAAAGGAUUUGAAGGAAAGGUUAGAGACAUUGCCAUUGAUAUAAGAAAACAACGGGCGCUGAGCAUACACAACGAACUGCAAUACUUCUUUGUUUACUCCACCACACUCGACUACAUAAGGGCCAAAAUGCCAAAAUACAACUCGAAAGUGACGCAAUUCUACGCCGAAUUAAGUAAAGCAUGA